AUGGAACUUAUAGAUGUUUCUGGGUAUGUGGCCGAAGAAAAAAUGGCCAUUGCAAAACAAUACUUAAUUCCUCAAGGGCUUAAAUCUACAGGCCUGAAAAAUGAACAAGUAAAAUAAAAAUACUCAUAAUAUAAUUAAUUUUAUUAUUUAAAUAAUAUGUAUUUGUAGAUUGAAAUUGCCGAUGAAAGUCUUUCGACACUUAUUAAAUCUUAUUGUCGAGAAAGUGGUGUACGUAACUUACAAAAACAUGUUGAAAAGGUACUUAUACUAUAUUAUUGUAGUAAACUUAUUUUUAUUUUUUUAAAAAAAAAAGUUUAUUUUUUAUUUUUUUGUUAUUUGUAUAGAUGUUACGAAAGGUUGCAUUAAAAUUAGUUAAAGGUGAAUCAGAAAAAGUAAUUAUCACCAGUGAUAAAUUAUAUGAUUUUGUUGGUAAUCCAAUAUUUACCAAGAAUCGAAUGUAUGAAGAGCCAAUACCUGGAGUCGUUAUGGGACUGGCUUGGACUGCUAUGGGUUAGGAUAGAUUUUACUGUUUUAUUUCAUAAUAAUGAACAUUUAUCCAUUCAGGUGGUGCCUUGAUGUAUAUUGAAACUGAGUGGACAAAAAAUCCAGCAACUAUAACUGACAAGGAUAAAGCUGUUGGAAACAUCAUAUUAACUGGUCGUUUGGGCGAUACUAUGCAAGAAUCUGCUAAAACUGCAUAUACUGUAGCUAGAAAAUAUUUAAGUGAAUUGGAUCCACAAAACGUAUCAUUAUUAACUGGAAAUUUGCAUUUACAUGUUCCUGAGGUAAAUUUGUUAAGUAUAAUAUAUUAUUAAUUAAUUAAUUAAUAAUCAAGUUAUUAAAAAAAAUUAAAAUAUUUGUUGUCAGUAGUUAAUUAAUAUUUAAUACUUGUUAGGUACAUACCUAACAAGUAUUAAAUAUUAAUGUCUUGAAUUUUAUAAUUGAACUUUUAAAUGUAUUUAAAUGAUUUAGUUUUUAUAAAUGCUAAUGCAAUUCAUUUACAUAAUUGUAUAGCUUUAUAUCUCCAUUUUAUUUAUUAUGAUAUACACCCAGUUGCAAAUAUAAUAUUUUUUUACACAAUUACGGUUAAGUGUUAUGACUAUAGUCUAUGAAUCUUAUAUUAGGCCAUAGAACUUAUAGGUAUACCAUAGAAUUAUAUUUAAGGCAUAGUGUAAGCCUAACCUAAACUACAACUAAAAUAUUUAAUUACUUUUGUAGGGUGCUACACCAAAAGAUGGACCGAGUGCUGGUUGUACAAUAGUAACCGCUCUACUAUCAUUAGCAUUAAAUAUUCCUAUACGCAACAAUGUUGCUAUGACCGGAGAAAUUUCUCUCAAAGGAAAAGUAAUGCCAGUAGGUGGAAUUAAAGAAAAAACAAUAGCUGUGAGUACAUUGUAUGAUUUUGACACUUGAGACUUAUUUUUAAGAAUUUUUAAAACAUUUUUAGGCUAAAAGAGAAAACGUUACCUGUUUGAUACUACCUGAAGAAAAUAGAAAAGAUUUUAACGAACUUCCAAAAUUUAUUACUGAUGGACUCGAAGUACAUUUUGCUUCAUAUUAUAAAGAUAUUUUUAAAAUAGUCUUUGAAAAUAAAUAA